UAGGGUUCCUCUGUCUGGAGCGAUUAAACCAUCUACCUUGUCUACCUGUUUGUAUUUCACUUGAGAACAACGUCAGCAAAUCUCCCGAUUCACCGAAGUUGUUACUAUCGCCAGUCUAUAGGCUACCCGAAAGCUUUUAGAAAAUGUCAUUUGAGUUCACAAAAAUAUUUCGGUUUUAUGAAGAUUUGAAUCGGUAUUGAAGUGAGUUUUGUUAUUAGAGUGAGCAGCGGAGAGCCGUGGGAGGGAACUUUAUGAAAGUGUCUGCUCUCUGCCCUGAACAACUGCACUGACAUCACAACGCGUAACCCUGGCUGACUGGAGAUCAGCGGAACACAGUGGUGCUUUUCUCAUCAUUCAUCAGGUCGCGUAGUGGGGUCGGAUGAAACAGGUAGGCUACAAGGCUGCUCUUUACAACAACGGCUGAAGAAGACUAUUUUGUGAAGAAAUUAUCGUAAUGAGAUUAUAUUUUGGAUCAGACUGGAUACAUUAACAUCGAUUUAGCUAUAACAUCGCUUCAGCUGCAUCGCCUCUAGUUAUUUCAACUCAGAGAUCCAGGCAUUAGCCUGUUGGUUAAAUCCUUAAUGUUUCGGAUUUGUGUGCGUGUUAUUGGACCUGUUUCGCCUAUGAUGCACGCUAUUUUGGGUGUUGCAUUAUCCUGGAAGUAGAAUUAAAAUAGUCAGAUUUACAUUCUCAUUUGCCACCUUCGGAACGCGAAACGCCGGGUGGGAGUAUGGCAAAAAAUGGUGUAGACGGACCGAGGGAUGAUUUUAGUAAAAUACCGGAUGAAGAGCUUAUGAAAUGGAGCAAAGAAGAAUUAAUAAAAAGACUGAGAAAGGUAGAUGGAGAGAAGAUUAAUUUAAUGGUGGAACAUGGGAAUAUGAUGAAGGACGUGAACCGGAGGUUGCAGGUUCAUCUCCACGAGAUUCGGAGUUUGAAAGAAGUCAACCAGAAGCUUCAGGACGAUAAUAACGAGCUCAGAGAGUUGUGCUGUUUCUUGGACGAUGACAGGCAAAAGGGCAAGAAAUUGUCGCGGGAAUGGCAGCGGUUCGGCCGCUAUACCGCCAGCGUUGUGUGGAAAGAGGUUGGUGCGUAUCAGCACAAGCUGAAAGAGCUGGAGGCAAACCAAGAGACGGUGAUGAGGGAAAAUGGGGAACUCAAGGAAAUUAUAUUGAUGCUGGAUGAGGAAAGGAACGGUGCCGGGUCCAGAAGUUCUAUAGACAGCCAAACUAGUUUGAGUAAUCUAAACGGGGGAUCUAGCACUGUGCGCGACGUAGGGGACGGUAGCAGUACCUCCAGCACGGGCAGUGCCGGGAGUCCGGAUCAUCAUCAUAGUCACAUAGGCCUUCACAAGCCUACCGACACGAAAAUCGCAAACAUGGGGAGGUCCAUGGAUGACAUUUCCAACACCCAUCUCCACAGAAGCAUCCCCAACGGACUGAAUGAUGUGAACUACAUCCGCCAACUGGAGAGCAAAGUUCGGAUAUUAGAGGACGACAAAAACAAGCUGCUGGCACAGCAAGGGAUCGUGGGAGAUCUGAAGACGCUAAAAAAGGGGCUGUCCAUUUACCACUCCGAAUCCCAGCUGGCCUCUCUCGCCCACUACCAAGAGGCUCUGCAGAACGGCUCUGGCCACGGCCCAGCCAGAGCGGUCAACUCCCCCUCCACCCCCUUCCUGCCCCCUGCCCAGAAGCCUGAGGCCAUGGUCCACGCCAUGAAGGUUCUUGAGGUGCAUGAGAACCUGGACCGGCAGAUCCCUGAGGACUACGAGGAAGACCUGAGUGAAAAAGAAAAGGCCAUCGUCAGAGAGAUGUGUAACGUGGUGUGGCGUAAGCUGGGUGAUGCCACAGGCUCAAAGCCCUCCAUCCGACAGCACCUCUCUGGGAACCAGUUCAAAGGACCUUUGUAGCCACAGCAUCUAAAGCCAGCACCCAGCGUCUAAAGCAAACAAGCUGCCCCGGAACACGAAACAAGAGAGACCACAACGAAACGUCCACCUCCUGGACAGCCUCUUCCUGUAGAGAGAGAUCGACUGGCGAAUGGAGGAAGUGUUUGCAAUGCUCUUUCUCCUCAGCUCAUGCUGUGAUCAUCUCCUCUCCACUCCUCUCAUCCUUCAAAGCAACCACGACAAAACACAAGCAAACAAGACACACACACACACACACAACAACAUCUGCUGACAAAUCAGUUUUGUGCUAUUCUCAGUGUUAUACAUGCAGUCUUGAGGACAGAACUAAUUUGACUAAAAUCGGCCAUUCCAGGUAUUGCUCUGGGGUUGAAACAAUGUGCUAUUUUGUUAUUUUCUUCACCAUAUUUUCUGAUGUUCCUAACAUGCGUUCGUGACUCCAGGAAAUGUUGGCUGAUUGCAACCAUGUCUGACCUUGGAAGGCUUUUUAGCCAUACUAUCUGUGUGGUUGACUGAAUAAGCUUUUCUAAACUUAGAACUGCACUUUCAGGAAACACAUGAAGGCUGACAAAACAUGGCACUAUUUUCAGUAUAUAUUUUUUUCUUCUCUAGAGUGAGUGACCAUGUGGAAAGUAUAUAUGAGUUUAUUAACAACAUUCAGUUCCAUACCUUGUGCUUCAUAACUAUAACCAUGCUAUAAGCAUGACUGAAUCAUUGUAAUAAUCCUAGUGUCCAUCAGAUAAAGCAAUACAAACCCAGUGGUGUCCGGACCCUCUGCCACUGAUGGGGAGUCCAGAUGUUAAGGGCCACUCAGGGAACUCAAAGUGUCAGGACCUGUGUUGGCAUCAGACAAGGCUGUGCCAAAACCAGCAGCCUCCAGCUCCUCACUUGGGUUUGCACAUCUGAGUCAGAAUAACCGUAACACAUGAAGUCAUGCCAAGAAUCUUCAUUAUAUGAAGAAGCAGAUCUGAAAUCUGACAAUCAUUUUAAUGAUAAUUAAAUGCAAUUCAUGCUCACAAUUUCCAUCCAGUCAUCCAGAACAUAGCCUAUGUGAAACAACCAGGAACAUGAAUAAAUUGACAAUGAGCUGAUAGAUCCAGUUCGACCCAGUUGUGUUGAUUGCCCUGGAAGCACUUAGCUUAUCAUGCCCCCGCAGCAGGCAAAUAUGACAGUAUGACAGAAUGUAUAGGUCAUGUCAAACGCCAGUGGCAAACAUCUAGUUUGAUGAGUUCAAAUCUUGCGCAGUGUUUUGAGCUGUAGCUGCUGGAGUGAACAGCUCACAGAUUGUCAUCCAUCGGGAAAUUCUUUCAGUUUGACAGUGCCGUUAGGGUGGGUUUUUUGGUGUGUACUUUUGGUGGGUUUUUUUGUGGCUAUGGAUGCUGUAGCUGGGCUAAGAGCACUGUGUUGUGUCCUACGGAUCCAAAAGACCGACUGGACAAGCAAAUCUGGUUCUUUUGAUAGUAGCAACUAUGUUGCACCAUUAUGUUUUGGUACCAUGAUUGGAUUUCAAAUUUUCAUCUUGGAGCACACUUUUUUCGGUACGAACGACACCUUUUCUGUUUUGACAUUUUUUAACUGUUUGGUCUCUAUGGUCUUUAUUAGUUUGACUUGAGUGCAAUCUAUGACUGAGAGGGGGACAAGCUACACGGAAUGCUUGGUGAUGACAGCUGUUUUCAGAAUCUUUGAUUCUCAGACUUGUGAAUGCACAUUUAGUGCAUUGUAUUAGCACAUGUUGAGAACUUUUAGCCAACGUUCUUCAUGUUUUCGGUGAGGACUAAUCAGUUAUUUGUGCACUCUAACUGUGUACACUAUAUGGUCGUACCACUUGAGAAAUGAGAACAUUCGGUUAAGUUGGGUCAUUGGGGACAGAUGUCAGACCUUGUGAUAACCACCAACCACUGAUUUGUGUGUGCAAUUAUUUUGGUAUCUCAGCUGAGGUCUAUGUGGAGUUUGUGUGAUCUCUGCUUGGAGUUGCAUUUCUAAUGAGAAGUUUUCACCGAAUGAAGCCACACGAACACUCCUGUCCAUGUUGUCAAUGAUCCCUUAGUUAAGUUCUGUCCAUGCCAUCUAUGGUCUCUGAGCUAAGUUAUAUAUUGCUAACAAUGUCUUAGCAAAGCUAAAUUAUCUAUGUCUUUGAGUGUUGCAGUGUCAUUAUUGAAGUCAAUAUAUGUGCACAUAGCUCAUAACUACUGUAUAACGGUGGCAUAGAAAUAAUGUGCAUUAUGCUGUUUAUGAGCUGUGUACCUAAGGCUGAUGUGAGUUCCUAUGCAGAAACUUGUGAGAUCAGUUCAUUAGGGCCAUUGUGUAUUGUUCAUGUAUUUUCUUGGCCUUGGCACUCAAGGUUUGACACUGUCUCUUAAGGACAUUUGCUGCAUCUAGUUACCUGUAUUCAAAUGACAGAGGGUAAAUGACAAAACUAUUUUUAAAUUGGUACACAUAUGUAUAAAUGAACAUCUGAGAAAUUGGGAUCGUUUGAUAUGUAAAAUGUGCCCAGUUUUGUUAAAGAAACAGUCCUCAUUGAACAGCUGAGCAAAAUGAUAUGAGACAUAGAUGAAAGGGGGAGAAUAGUUAAGAACUAAAGAUGCAGCAGGUGUCUUUGGUCUGUGUAAAAAGUAAUACAUGUGGCCUGCCACAGGUUAAUGUCUAAGGUAAUAUGCAUAUAGACAAAAUGAGCAGCAAUCAUUUGAUGAAUGAAGAAAUCAUUUAUAUUUGACAAAUUAAGUGAAAAGAAUGUUGUUUGAAUUGAUUUGGAAUUUAACUCCUAUAAACUGUUCUUCAAACGGUAGCCUAUAUUCUGAAGUUCAGAACUGCUGUUUAAAAUUCACCUCAAACACAAAUGUAAAUACACUUAUUUGUUGAAAAAAAAAAAACUUAUUUUGAAAAAGUGACCUUUUUAACUGAUAGUCUAUACACAACUACUGACUUUUUAUAUAUUUGUUCAUUUGAAAGCACAAAGUUUAAUUGAUAUUAUUUUCUUAUAUUUUCAUUCAAAUGCACUGCUUCUUUUGUGACAGUGUGUGGUAAAGUGCUUGUGAUUAAUUCAAUACUAUGUUGUAGACUGUCACUAUGUAAUAUUCAGUAAACUUGUAUCCUUGGAUAUACAGUGUUUGCUAUGUAAAAAGCCUAUUAUUCUAGGAUAUCUUUAGGUAGCAUGCAGUCAUAUAUUUUUCAUAAGAUGUCUGAGAAUAGACUGAUAUUUUAGCAUCUGGAAAGGGUUUGGAUGGAAUGGAAUGGUUCUCCUUUAAAGUAUUUACAAUUAAAAUGAAAUACACACA